GGCGCUUUGAAUUUUUGUCGCGUUUCACCUGAUGAGAGGUUAUUUUGCUACUUUAAGCAGGUAGUCCCGUGAAAGAAGCAGAUACAACACAGGAAGACACGGUCCAACAGGGAAGGACUCUUGGCAUUUUAGUUUAAAAUCCCUUUGACAAAAGGGUCUGCCAAGAUGACAAACCUGGGUGUCAAGGCUCUUCUCAGCUGGGUCAAUAGUAUCAAGCUGUCGGACAGCGAGAUACGAAUUGGUGAUUUACAGGACGGGGCGAUCCUAGUGAAACUGAUUUCUGUGCUGAAAAAGAAACCUAACCCCAGUUUGAGUAAUUCUUCUGAGGAUUGGGUUGAUUUUGUUGCAGAGUUCCUAGAGGGGGAGUGCAGGUUUAACCCAACUAAAGGCACUUGUAUAUCCUGGGACGGCAUACGAGGGGGACACAACCUAACAGUGGAAAUUUCAAAGGUGCUUGUGUUACUUGUUUAUCAUGACAUGAUGAAUGAGCGCUGCACUCUAAAUGCAUUGGAUUGUGAAGUAGAGCGUGAGCUGGCCAACCUGACCCUCUCUUAUGUGAUGGAGAGUGAAGGUUGCGUUUAUCUGAACAAAAGACUUGACUCAUACUUGACAAAGAGAUAUUUGCCUGUGUCCCGAGAAAUCUUUGACCAGACAGCAACCACCUCCACUUCCACCUCUAAUCUGUCCACCUCAACCUCGCUUUCCGAUGAUGAGUCUCCAGUCUUCCUCCGCACACAGAAGGUCACUUUUGUUGAUCUAGAAACAGUGGCCUCCUCUUCUGUCAGCAAGUCUCCUUUAGCCGAGGUUAUGAAUACACCAAAAUUUCAAAUGAGAAAAAUGCGAAGACAGAUGAUGAAGGAAAGAGAAUACAGAGACAGUUUGGAGAAGGAGCUUUCCAACACACUUGCACUUAUUACCCAGAAAGAAUCUCAACUCAGUCAGUUGCAGUACCACCUAGAUAAGCUGAAAGAACAACAAGGUGAUCAGGAGCAGACUAUCACAGAACAAAUCAGUGAACUUGAGGCCAAAAACAACUCGUUGCAAAUGCGCCUUAAUGAGCUGCUAAAGGAAAAUAAAGAUUUGAAGAAUACCUCUCUGCAUAUGGAGAGAAAGGUGGAUGAACUUGCAGGAGAAAAUGGUGCACUCUCCUUUCAGGUGAGAGCAGUAUGUUCCAAGCUGGCCAUCUUUGAAGCAGAAAAUGGCCAACUAACACGUGCUCAAGCAUCUGCUGAGGAGGAGUGGAGACACCAAACAAGUCAUCUGCACUCAGAACUCAACCAAGCAACCACACAAAAGGAACUCCUGUCUGAACAAAUUCAGAUCCUUCAAGGAAAGAUUUCCUGUUUAGAGGAAGAAUUAAGCAAAGCCGCGAAAGAGGAAGUUGGAGAAAAUAUGGGUCCUGUAAUGGAGAGAGAAAUGUUAGAGGCUGAAAUUAACAGUCUGAAGAAUGAGCUUGAGAGCACACUUCACUCCCUAAGACGAGCAAAAGAGCAGAUUCAAACCACAACUCACAGGUUGGCUGAAUAUGAGAAAGAAAUAACACAACAUAAAGAGCACCUUGAACAGCAGAAGAUCCAAACUGAAGAAAUGAUUCAAGCCAAGGAUGAAAUUCUGGACAAGUUGCGACGAAAUCUGGAUGAACAGAGGCUGGUUCUUGAACAAGAAAUCAGUGAUCUUAAACUUCAGCUUGAGCAUGUUGAGCACCAGAAAGCUGAACAGGUGACCAAACUACAGCAACACAUCACAGCUUGUGAACAGGAAAUUAUAACACUUAAAGACAUACAGAGAGAAAAUGAAGACCUUCUUCAUCAGACAAACCUAAAGGUGAAGGACCUUGAGGCAAAGCUAGUGGCUGCUACCACACUGUUAGCUGAUAAAGAACAACAAAUUAACUGCCUCAAAGGAGAAGUCUGCUUGCUUGCAGAAGAAAGUAAAACAAGCAAAGAUGAAAUUCAGUCCAAACAAGACACACUUGAUAAAUUAUUAAUGGAAAAAGCAAAGGCAGAAGAAAUUCUUCAUAAUAAAAUCCAAACCUUAACCGUUUGCAUGGAGGAUCUUAGCUCAUCUCUGAAAAGGGCUGAGCAGGAAAUUCAACUUAAGCAGGACCUGUUGACUAAAACCCAGCACGAGAACGCUGAAGAAAGGAAUGUACUUCAGCAACAUAUUUUAAGUUGUCAGGGGGAAAUGCAGAGGCUGAAAGCAGAAAUAUUGGACAAAAAUGAGCAGCUGCUCGUUCUCAAGAAUGUCAGCACUCAACAUUCUGAAUCUCUUCAGCAAGAGAUCAACAACCUAAAAGUUCAAAUUGAAACUCUUAAUGACGCUUUGAGAAAAGCUGAGGAACAAACUCUGACCCAGCAGGGUUUGCUUACAAAGCUGCAGCAAGAAAACUGUUACCAAACAGAGCUUCUGCAGCAGCAACUGUCUGCUUCUGAAGAGGAAGUGAAGAACUUAAAACAGUCGAUCCAGACUAAGGAAUAUCAGAUGCAGUUGAUGAAAACCGACGGUGCAGAGCAGGUGAGCAGUCUGCACCAAGAGAUACAAAACUUGAAGACUCAGGUUGAAUGUCUCAGUUCCUCAUUGAAAGCAGCUGAAGAGAACUUGCAGUCCAGGGAAAAUCAGUUUAGAGAACAACAACAACAGAGCACUCACCAAACUGAAACCCUUCAGGUGCAGAUUGUUGCAUCUCAAGACGAAAUAAAGAAACUAAAAGCGCAGAUUAGUGCUAAAGAGGAGCAGUUGGUUCAGCUAAAGACUGAGACUUCUACAAAAUCAGAAUUACUGCAGCAAGAGAUUGAAGCUCUAAAUGAGCAGAUAAAAAGCAUCUCUAAUUCUCUGGAGAUUGCUGAGAAUCAAGUUAAAGCCAGAGAAGCUCUCCUGGCCAAGCAAGAACAGGAAAGUGCGUUGCAGAUUGAAGAACUAAGAAAAAACAGAACAGUUCUUGAGCAAGAGGUGAAUGAACUGAUACAAGACGUUAAAUCUAAGGAGGAUCAAGUCCAAACAUUGAAAGCUGAUCACUGCAAGGAGUCAGAGGCCCUGUGUAAUGAGAUGCAAACUUUGAAGAAUCAGGUCCAAUGUUUGAAUGAAUCACUCAAGUCUUCAACGGAGCAAGUGCUGGCUAAAGAAAACCUGUUGGCUCAGAAGGAAAUGGAAGUUUCUCAGCAGAAGGAUUCAUUUCAAAACAUGAGGGUUACCUCUGAAGAAGAAACAACAAGACUUAAGGAGGAGAUCCAGGCUAAAGAGAAACAGAUAUGUUUCUUAAAACAUCAAAGUUCAGAACAAACUGAUUUAUUUCAUAAGGAGAUGAGUGAUUUAAAGUCUCAGCUGGAACGUCUUAGUUCCUCACUGACUGCAACUGAGGACAAAUUACAGUCAAAAGAGAAUCAUUUCGUGGAGCAGCAACUACAGAGCACUCGGCAAACUGAAACCCUUCAGGUGCAGAUUGUUGCAUCUCAAGAUGAGAUAAAUAAGCUAAAAGCAGAGGUUGACGAUAAAGAGGAGCAGUUGGUUCAGCUAAAGACUGAGACUUCUACAAAAUCAGAAUUACUGCAGCAAGAGAUUGAAGCUCUAAAUGAGCAGAUAAAAAGCAUCUCUAAUUCUCUGGAGAUUGCUGAGAAUCAAGUUAAAGCCAGAGAAGCUCUCCUGGCCAAGCAAGAACAGGAAAGUGCGUUGCAGAUUGAAGAACUAAGAAAAAACAGAACAGUUCUUGAGCAAGAGGUGAAUCAACUGAUACAAGAUGUUAAAUCUAAGGAGGAUCAAGUCCAAACAUUGAAAGCUGAUCACUGCAAGGAGUCAGAGGCCCUGUGUAAUGAGUUGCAAACUCUGAAGAAUCAGGUCCAAUGUUUGAAUGAAUCACUCAAGUCUUCAACAGAGCAAGUGCUGGCUAAAGAAAACCUGUUGGCUCAGAAGGAAAUGGAAAUUUCUCAGCAGAAGGAUUCAUUUCAGAACUUCAUGGCCACUUCUGGAGAAGAGAAGCAAAGACUGAAGGAGGAGAGACAGGCCAAAGAGGAACAGAUGAGUCUCUUGAAAAAUCAAAGUUCUGAGCAGGCCAAUGUUUUACAUCAGGAAAUAAAUGGUUUAAAGUCUCAGGUUGAAUGUCUUAGUUCCUCGCUGAGGACAGCUGAGGAGAACCUGCAGUCCAAGGAACAUCAGUUGGCAGGACAGCAACUACAGAGCACUCGGCAAACUGAAACCCUUCAGGUGCAGAUUGUUGCAUCUCAAGAUGAGAUAAAUAAGCUAAAAGCAGAGGUUGACGAUAAAGAGGAGCAGUUGGUUCAGCUAAAGACUGAGACUUCUACAAAAUCAGAAUUACUGCAGCAAGAGAUUGAAGCUCUAAAUGAGCAGAUAAAAAGCAUCUCUAAUUCUCUGGAGAUUGCUGAGAAUCAAGUUAAAGCCAGAGAAGCUCUCCUGGCCAAGCAAGAACAGGAAAGUGCGUUGCAGAUUGAAGAACUAAGAAAAAACAGAACAGUUCUUGAGCAAGAGGUGAAUCAACUGAUACAAGAUGUUAAAUCUAAGGAGGAUCAAGUCCAAACAUUGAAAGCUGAUCACUGCAAGGAGUCAGAGGCCCUGUGUAAUGAGAUGCAAACUCUGAAGAAUCAGGUCCAAUGUUUGAAUGAAUCACUCAAGUCUUCAACGGAGCAAGUGCUGGCUAAAGAAAACCUGUUGGCUCAGAAGGAAAUGGAAGUUUCUCAGCAGAAGGAUUCAUUUCAAAACAUGAGGGUUACCUCUGAAGAAGAAACAACAAGACUGAGGGAGGCAAUCAAGGCUAAAGAGGAUCAACUCAUCAGCCUUAAAGAAGAGGGUUCCACACAGUCAGAUAUGCUGCAGCAUGAAAUUAAAAGUUUACAAGCGCAGUUGUGUGAUAUGGCCAAAACAAUGAAAACCACUGAGGAAAAGCUUCAGGCUCAAAUUGAGAUGCUAAGUAAACAGGAGCAGGACAUUUAUCAUCAGAAGGAGCUUCUCCAGGAACAGCUGUCUGCUUCUGAGGAAGAAAUGAGAAUGAUGAGAAGUGAGAUCCAAUCCAAGGAAAAACAGAUGGAGCUGUCGAAGACUGAAAAUGCAGAGCAGUUGUACUUGUUGCAUCAAGAAACCAAAAGUUUAAACAAGCAGAUGGAAACUCUGAGCUCCUCACUGAGAAAGGCUGAAGACGAAAUCCACUCCCGGGAAGAUCUUUUGGCUGUGCAACGGCAAGAAAACACAGAACAGAGUCGGGAGCUCCAUAGCUUACAGGAGAAUGUCCGACAAUUAAAGAAACAGCUGGAACAACGACCCUCGCAUGAAGAAGAUAUUGAAAGAUUAAAAAAAUCCCAGGCUGAGAAAGAAAAUGAGCUCCUGGAAGCUGAAAACAAACUUCAGGCUCUGCAGACAGAGUUGUCAGAAGCCAGGAUGCUCAUUUGUGACAAAGACCAAAAUCUGAACACGCUGAGACAGGAAGUUGUGCUUCAAGUUAAUUUGUUGCAAAAAGCAAAAGGAGAAGCUGAGGCCACUGAGAAAAUCAUGGCCGAGAUAAGGGAGGAGAACUCUAGGCAGAAGAUUGUUCUUCAGAAUGAGAUUCAUGGGCUUAAAGGAGAAUUGGAAACAAUUUCUCAAAGCCUUUGUGCUAAAGAGCAGAAGUUACUGGAAACUCAGCAGGCAUCUGUGGAGCAGGUGAACAAUUUCCAGCAUCAGCUUCUCCUGGUAAAGGGAGAGCUUGACCAACAAAAAGAGGCUCUAGAUGGAAGCCUUAGAUCAAAAGACGCUUUCCAGGAGUUGCAGUUGACCACGUUAAAGGAAAAGGAGGCUCUUUAUCAAGAAAAAGAAGUGCUCAUGUCCAACAUAAUUCAAGCAGAGGGGGACCAAAAAGCUCUCGAGAAACAGGUUAAAGUCGUAAUCCUUGAGAAAGACAGACUUGCUCAAGCCAAUCAGGCCUUAGAGAGAGAGAAUGUUGCCUCUCGCAGACUGGAGGCUGUGUUGCAGAGAGAGCUUGAAAUUCUGAAAAUGGAGAAAGAGCAUCUUUUGAGACGGAGAGAAGAGACAGAAGAAUCUGAGCUCAUCAAGGGAGAGCUCAAACAACAACUUGCAGCUAAAACAGAGGCCGUCGAACACUACAAGGCUCAGAUGGAGAAAGCUGUGAGCCAUUACAACAGCAAGAAGCAGCUUCUCCAGAAGAGCGAAGAGGACAACAUGGAGCUCAAACAGGCUUUAGAGGUUAAAGACAACGAAUUCAAAACUAUUCUCAUGGAAAAUAAGGUACUCCAACUUGGUUUGGAGAGGAUCCAGGCCAAUGAGAAAAAACUCAAGAGUCAGGUGGCCAGUUUAGAGGCACAGCUGGCCUAUGCUGAUCAAGUCCUUAGAGCACAGAAUAAGAUCCAUGGUAAUGGAGGUGGUGCAGCGGAGUCUGCUUACCUAGGGCUUCCCAGGAUACACUUGGGUGAUGGCACUACAACGCAGGUGAAGACGUCGAUGAGCUCUGACAGUCUGGACCAAAGCUCACUGGAGGAUUCUCUCAACACUACAAGAAAACUGUCUGCACCUGGUGAAUCAAGCACCCCGCUAGUUCGAAGCUCCGAACGUUUGGCAGCCAAACGUCAGGACCUUCGGACAGAGUCACUGGAAACACUGUACUUUACUCCCAUUAACACCAGACGGACUAAAAGGACCAGUGAUGAAUCUGAUAUGGACCUGAACUCAACCCGGAAAAAUCCAACGUCGUCUGUUAAACGACGCAGAACCACCCAGGUCAUAAACAUCACUAUGUCCAAGAAAACACCAGGCUUCAGUGAGGCGGAUGAGACCUUUUACAGCCUGCAAUCAGCUCGCUCACACCCAAACCUCGCCGGUGCCCAUGUUUCACGACCCAUGUCUAUGGAGGUGUUUAACACGCCGGCCGGUAAGACUGCUGCUGCCAGUGAUCAGCUUAUUGGUCUUCCAGGGUACAGACAGAGCACAGCUCAUUCACAGACUGCUAGUACAUUCUGUGUGGGAGCAGAGAACGAGCCCGAUGGUGGACCCGAGGACUGGCUCAGGAUCGCAGAGCUGCAGGCCAGGAAUAAGACCUGCCUCCCGCAUCUAAAAAGCAGCUACCCUGUGGAGUCAGAGACUGGCCAAGGCAGUGCAUUAAUUUUCACAGAUGAAGAGCUCCGCACUGGGGACCCCUCUGAUACCAUCAGAAGGGCGUCCAUGAUGCCAGGCCAACUGCAGGACUCCCUUGUCUCCCAUCGCCACUCCCUUAUGAUGGGUCAUGCAGGUGUUGGUGCUCAUUCCCAUCGUCUGUCCUUGAUGCCAGGACAGCUGCCUGCAAGACCAGCCCUCUCCUCCCAGCUGAAAUGCCCAAAAAGCUCCAAGCAGUCCUCAUCCACCUUCUCCAUUCACCAGACUUCACCUGAGAAAAAGACAAGAGCCAGCUGCUUCCCUCGUCCCAUCACUCCUAAAAAUAAGAACAUGAGCAGUGGACCAUCCAGCACUCGCCUUCAAGCUGUCCUCAGUCCUGCCGAACGUCGACAGUCUAUGAUGUUCACCAUUGAGAACACCCCAAAGAGCAACGGCUACCUAAAGAAAGGGCUGAACAAACUUCGCAAUUCUGCUCGGAAAACCCCUCUAAAUUCUCGAGCCACAGUGGGACGAUCAGCCAAAGCGGGCAGCUUGAAGUCCCCACAGGUUGCAGGUAAAGGACAGAGGGGGUCUCAAGCCAGCAGGUCUGCAAAGUCUCCUGGAUUGACUGCUAGUGCUCGCAAGAAGCAAGUGUUAAUAAAAGAAGAGAAAGUUGUCUGAAGUCCAAGAAGGUUAUGAGAAGGAUGAAGAUUUAAGAUCGGGUUUCCAGCAGGGCGCUCAUUACACCACAUUUUUAUUUCAUCAUAUCUGUUUGUUCGUUAGGAUUUCUUUUAUUACAUUUUAUCUGCUGGUAUAUUUUUCUGUACAAUAUUUACUUGUCUGUCAAAUAAAAUAAAAAAUAAAUAAAU